GCUAAAGCAAGGGUUUCACCUGCCUUACCAUAAUUUGAAAAUUUGUUCACUGAACACAGAGCUCUAAAACCCCUCUAUUUGUGUAGCAGAGAUGUGGCCGAGUGCAGAAGGAGGGCCACCGGAGGUCACUCUCGAAACUUCCAUGGGUUCUCUUACACUUGAGAUGUAUUACAAGCAAGCUCCAAGAACUUGCCGGAAUUUCAUAGAGCUUGCUCGAAGAGGCUACUAUGAUAAUGUCAAGUUUCACAGAAUCAUUAAGGAUUUUAUUGUGCAAGGUGGAGAUCCAACUGGUACAGGAAGAGGCGGAGAAUCUAUCUAUGGCCAGAAGUUUGACGACGAGAUAAACCCACAGCUAAAGCAUACAGGAGCAGGUAUCAUAUCCAUGGCUAAUGCUGGACCAAAUACAAAUGGAAGUCAAUUCUUCAUCACCUUGGCACCUGCACAGUCACUUGAUGGGAAACAUACUAUUUUUGGAAGAGUUUGUCGGGGAAUGGAAAUUGUCAAGAGACUUGGCAGUGUACAGACUGAUAAUACUGACAGACCAAUCCAUGAUGUGAGGAUAUUGAGGACUACUGUCAAAGAUUGAUGUUCUGCAUCUUCAAAAAACAAUUGUUGUAUGAGCUAGACAUCCAUGGGAUGGUAUAGUGUUUUAAUUUUUGUCAUCACAACUAAGAUCCAUUAUAUCUUCUGCUUUUUAAGUGUAAAACUGAUCUAGGUCUAUAUGUGGGGAUGUGGAUACUAAUUUUGUGCUAGUAAAACCAAAAUGAUACUAA